GCUCGAGGAGUGUGUGAUAAUGUUUUUAUUUCUGUACAUUUUAAUUUUUGUCAACUUUUGUGAUGGAUCAAAUUUCACAAAAUCUCGUGUUGUUCAUAUUAGUCAAGGAAAUGUGAGAGGAUAUAAAUUGUCUGGUUGGGAUAUCUAUGUAUAUUACGGGAUACCCUAUGCUUCUCCACCAACGGGACGGGAUCGUUACAAGCCACCUCUUCCACCGCCGGUUUGGAAUAAUACACUUGACGCAGUAUAUAAAAACAUUGCAUGCCCGCAGUACUACAAUAAAACUACAAACUACAAUAUAAAGCAUAAUUGUCUCAUAGUCAACGUGUAUGUCCCAGACACAAAUGCGACCAACUUAUCUGUAUUGAUGUAUAUACACAGAGGCUCAUUUCAAACUAAAAACGCAGGGAAAGUACUAUUCAAGAAUAUGAUGCAAACUAAACGACUAAUUGUUGUCACUUUUAACUAUCGCCUCGGUGCUGUAGGGUUUUUAUGUUUAGGCACUAAAAACAUUCCAGGUUAUGCUGGAAUGAAGGAUCAAGUAUCUGCACUGAAAUGGGUAAAAAAAAAUAUUGCUUGUUUUGGUGGUAAUCCUGAAAAUAUUACUAUAGAUGGAACUAGUGCAGGAGCGAAGUCUGCUGAUCUUUUCGUUGUUUCGAAAAUGACGAAAGGGCUUUUCUCUAAAAUAAUCAUUGAAAGCGGCGGAAGCCUGCAAGACAAUAGCAUCCAAGUAGAUCCAAUAAAAAAUGCACUACAAUAUGCAAGCUUAGUAGACUUUCAACCUAAUACAAUAGAACAAUUGGAAGAGUUUUAUCUAUCUGCUUCAAAUGACACCUUAUUUGCUUAUCAUCUGCGUGACAGACAUAAUUAUUUAUUUAAGCCUUGUGUUGAACGAGACAUUGGUCAAGAAAGAUUUCUGGAUGAUAGUCCAUACAAUUUAAUAAAAAAUGGAAACUAUUAUAACUUGCCAAUGCUAUAUGGUUUUACUGCACAAGAAGGUAUAUUAAGAAUGAAAACUUUUGAUGAAUGGAGUGUUCAAAUGAAUGCAAAUUUUGCUUCAGUGCUACCUACAGAUUUAAAUUUCCCAAGUAGACGAGAAAAAGAAAAAGUAGCUCAGCUUGCAAAGCAACAUUAUUUUGGAGAUAAAGACGGAGACAAAUAUUCAUACACAUACAUUUUGUCAUACGUAAACUAUUUUACUGACAUUCUUGUAUAUCCAUUACUAAGAGCGGCUAGAUUGUAUGAUAAAACUGGCAAUGAUAAGCUUUAUUUAUAUCAAUUUGCAUUUGUUGGUGAAGAAUCAAGUCAAAUUAAGUAUACUAAUUUACGUGGAGCAACACACUGUUCACAAGCUGAUGCCAUUCAGGACAGCGAUAAUGAAGGUUGCGUUUCAAAUAGAUAUAAAACAAUAAAGUCUAUAAUGCGAGAAUUGUGGAUUAAUUUCAUAACUUCAGGAGAGCCAGUACCGAAGAACUCUUCGUUAGUUCCAUGGCCACCAUUUAGAUCAGAUUGGGCUUAUAUGAUCCUCGAUGACAAUUUUCAAAUGAAGCGUAUCUAUGAGAAUAGCGCACUGUUUUGGGACCCUAUAUAUGAAAGAUACUACGACAAUCCAAUACCACCUUAUGAUUUUUAGAUAAAACUCACCUUGAGUAUGAAAAUAAAAGAGAGCACGUUUUUGUUGGCAAUCAAUUUUAUCUAUAUAUAUAUUUAGUUACAGCUAGUUAAGAAGAUCUGGUAAAUAUAGAAUGAAUGUGAUUUUAUCUGAUAAUUAAUUCUUGACACGGAGAAUAUGAACAUAUAUGUAUAUAUAUGUAUUUUAAUUACAUUUCCUUUGCACUUCAAUUGCACAGGAACUCCAUAGGAAGUGCCGCUUGCACCUCUCUCUCCCCAAGAGAAGGUCGCCUUCGAUGAAGGCUUAGAGGGUACUUGCCCAAAGCCAACAUCAGGUGGUGUUUAGUGGGUAGGCACUUAGCUUUUACCUGAGUCCCACAUAACCAACGCAAUCUUAGGCUGUGAUGGUAUGCAUGAGCAUUCACCACCUCCCUCCCGUCGUUAGCCCCUUCCCUUUGUCGGGGCGCAAAAAAAAAGAUUAUGGUAUAUGGCACGGGGCCUAUUUCUGCCGUGAAGCAGUAUUGCUAUUUGCUAUCAUCAAUUGCUAUUAUAAUAUUCUAUCUAGUAUUUUCAGCUUUUAAAAAACGAGGAAAAUUGUAGCGGACGCGGUCCUUCAGAAUCUUGUUAAAUAAUUGUAAAUAUUUGUUAACUAUAAGUUUUCCUAAAAUUUUAACAAUAAAAUAAAAUUAAACAACUUUAUUAUUGAUUUUAUUUAUUUUAAUAAAGAACAGUGCAUUAUUACCGCGUGCAUCAUUUAACUCUAAAGUAUCCUUACUGGGACGUAAUUGUUAUGGUUAACCUUAUGGUUUGUAAAGUGGCUUUGGUUCAGUUCAGUGUAGCCCUGUUUCACUGAGACCAAUGUGAUCUACUGUGAAAGACACUGUUAACUAUAGCUCGCUGCUAAGAUUGAUUCUUUUCAUGAAUCUUAUUAUAUAUUUUUCAGUGAGCUGACGUAUCUCAAGUGAUUGAAACAUUGGACUUCCAAAAGAGAUUCUAAGUUUACGCAUUAAAGAACCACAUUCAGAGAGGAUGUGUAAUGGGGUUUCAUCUGCACUAUUACAGAAUCUACACGUUCUGCAAUCUCUGAGGCCUAAGAUUGAGAGGUGUUUGUUUAACCUGCAGUAACCCGUUAGUGUCCUGGUUAGAAUGCGUAAGUUUUCUCUUCUUAGCCCUAGUGACUCAUGCGCAGCCUUCUUGUUCAAGGCAAGGCUUAGGGUUUCGGAGUGGGUUAAACCGGACAAUCUGAGUGUUGCUCGAGAGUUUAAUGCAUUCUUGUGAAAGGAUGUAUCAAGGGUUGAUUUAACAAGACUCCUUGGGACAUCACAGAAGGGCGAAAUUGAAUGCUUUUAGCACCAACUCUUGCAAUUCCGCAUGUCCUGGAACCCAUUGAAGUGUAACUGUUUUUAUUACUACCAGAGUAUUCCGUAUAGUCCGGCAGUUAUCUACAAGCUUUGAGACUGUUCUGUUUGAGCCUUUAGCGGACAGAGCCGCCUGACUAUCUGUGUGGAUAUUAAUACACUUGCUGACGUACCCUUUAUUUAGGAUGCUUUCCGUCCAUUCUAUUAUAGCGUUUACCUUCGACUGGAAAACGGAAGCAUGAUUUCCCAAAUUAACAGAUUUGUCAAAUUUGGGGCACUCUCCGAAGAUUCCACAGCCAACGUCAGAUCCUGACUUGGAUCCAUCGGUAUACCAUUUAAGGAGCCCUUUUUUCCAAGAAAUUAGAUUGUUAAACCAGUCCUCUCUUGUGGAAUUCAAUACUAAAGUUGCCGACGAAGUCAACUUUCGGCAGCAUGGCGUCACUCACCAUGUCUAAUACAGGGCUUCUCAGUAAGGAUUGUUAAAAUAGCCACAGCGAGUUUGAAAGCCAGUAUGGGUCAUUACUGUAUGUAUGCUGGGCCCUCGGCUCCUUUUGUAGAUAUAGGUUUAGGGGUGGCAGGUUUUGAAGUGCAUUUAGAGCUACUCCCAGCGGGGACGUCAUGGCUUCUGUUGUUAUCGCAUGCUGUUCUUGGAACGAUACCUAACUUGGCACUAAAGAAAAAAGCCGCUCUAGUUGCCCGGACGUUUCAGUAGAUAACGGGCUUUUGGGUAAUUUUUCUGCACCAGACCACAGAUCCAUCUGAUAUAAGUGGUAUUGCAAUGGCUGUGUACAGCCAGCCAACGGGCUCUGUUGGGCUUAAUGCCUCAUUUUUGGCAGACAGGACAACUACAAGUACUUAAGGCAAAUUUUUCCUUUUGCACAUUACUAUCCGCUUUACUAUUAUAGGUAAGUUCUGGUCUAAAGUGAGUCCCAGUCAUUUGACCUUGCCGGGAAAAGUAAGAAGCCAUUAGUUUUAAUUUUAAUCACGCCAUCCUUUUUAGAUCAUUUUCAAAGUGUC